AUGCACAUGCAGCUUGUAUUCUUAAGCGCUGUGGGGCUCCUUUUCGUCCGCCUACUGCUUUACAUUUACCACCUGGCCACAUCGCCACUCAAAGACAUCCCUGGACCAUUCCUAGCUAGGUUCACGAAAUGGUGGUAUUUCCACCGUGUCCUUCGAGGCCAUUUCGAGCGGGACAACAUAGCUCUACAUCGAAGGCUGGGGCCAAUCGUGCGUAUUGCACCCGAUCACUACAGCAUCAAUGAUCCAUCAGCAAUCAAGACCAUCUACGGUAUCGGAUCCAACUUUCCCAAGUCGGACUGGUACGAGGGCUGGAAACAUCCUUCUCCAGAUCGCUGGACGUUGUUCCCCGAGCGAAACAUGAAAAGACAUGCAGAGACGCGAAAGAGAUUCCAAGCCAUGUACUCAAUGACAUCGCUAGUCAGCUACGAGCCCUAUGUGGACGACUGUGCCGAUCUGUUCGAGACGCGGUUGCGGGAGUUCGCGCAGGCAAAACAAGAGCUGGACAUUGCGCACUGGUUCCAGUGCUACGCGUUUGAUGUGAUCGGCCACAUCACCUUUGGCGAACGGUUCGGCUUUCUGGACCAUGGUGAGGAUAUCAACGGGGCGCUGGCAGCGCUCCAAAACACCAUGGUGUACAGCACCCUGAUUGGCAUCUUUGCGAAAUGGCAUCCGGUUCUGUUUGGGCCGAUGAGCCGUUUCAAAUGGUCAGGGGCUGCAGGAAGGGCGUUCAUCAUGAAGUUCGUGCAGGGAAUUAUCAACCGUCGUAAGACGAAGGAACCGGAGGCAGGAAACAUUACUCGCGAUAUCGCUGGCCCGCAGGACUUCCUCGGAAAGAUGAUGCAGGCGCAUCGCGAGAAUCCGGAAAAAGUCACUGACUACCACAUCUUCAUGAUGGGGCAGUCGAACAUCAUCGCGGGAUCGGAUACAACGUCCAUCAGCCUCAGUUCAAUCCUCUAUUACCUCGUGCACAACCCAGAGACUAUGGGGAAACUUAGAGAAGAAAUCGCACAGUUCGAUGCUGAGGGCCGUUGCGAUGCCAAGACGACGUUCAAACAAAGUCAAGAGAUGCCGUACUUGCAGGCUGUGAUUAAAGAAGCACUAAGAAUGCACAGUGCCACAGGCCUGCCGCUAUGGAGGGUCGUUCCGGAAGGUGGAUGUGAGGUCUCUGGACGUUUCUUCCCAGCUGGGACUGUCAUUGGUGUCAACACCUGGGUAGCUCACUACAACGAGAGUGUCUUCCCUGAUGCAACCAAGUUCCAACCGGAACGUUGGCUUGAUGCCCAGCGAGACCCGAAGAGAUUCAAGGAUAUGGAGGUCUACUAUAUGCCGUUCGGCCUGGGUUCAAGGACGUGUCUUGGCAAGCAUAUAUCCAUCUUGGAGAUGUCAAAGCUGGUACCGCGGGUAGUGAGACAGUUUGAAUUCCAGCCUGUCGGGCAUGGGUGGGAUACUCUAAACUAUUGGUUUGUAAAGCCGACCAGUUUCAAGGUGCGCGUGAGGCUGCGGGGCACCGAUAGCAGGACGGUGAGCUCAGAUUGGAUAUAG